GGGCCUACAUAAGCGCCGGCGCGACGCCGCGGCCGGAUGUUUGGCCCGUCGAGGACGCGUACUUCAGUUCGCGCGCAAAGAUGUGCCGGCGUCUCGGACUCGUCCUGGUGAUCGGGGUGGCCCUCCUCGCCCUCGCCGUCGGGCCCACCCCCGCCAACGCGCAAGGUUGGACUUCCUCGCUCUUCAGCUCGUUCUCAAACUUCUCGAACUUGGCCAGAAAAGGCAUCUCCAAUGUCGUAGAGACCGUCAAGAACACAACAUCUAAUAUUGUCGAGGAUGCCGUCAGGUUCGUUGCACUGAGGACCACACAGGACGAGGUGUGCUACUUCAUCCUGGGCUGCUUCAGCCUCAAGAGCCCCUGGGUGUCGCUGAGCCGGCCCGUACCUGUGCCCAAGGAGCCCGAAGCCAUCAGCGUGCGAUUCUACUUCUACACCAGGGAGUACCCCGAGCGCUAUACCAUCGAGUCCGGGCCCAACAUAACGUCGCAUGGUGACUUCGGCUACGAGGCCUCCAAGCCCACCUUCUUCCUCGUCCACGGCUUCCUCAACAGCGGCAACGAGACGUGGAUGGCCGACCUCAAGGACGCCGUGCUCAAGAACGUCGACGGCAACGUGUUCAUCGUGGACUGGGGGCAGGGCGCCAUGGAGGCCAACUACCUGCAGGCCGUGUCCAACACCCGCAUCGUCGGCCGGGAGAUCGGCCACCUGGGCCGCGUGCUCACCUCCCACUACGGCGCGUCCGCCAAGAACUUCCACUUCAUGGGCCACAGCCUGGGCGCGCACAUCUCGGGCUACGCAGCUCGCAACAUCACCAGCGUGGGCCGCGUGACCGCGUUCGACCCCGCCGGUCCCGGGUUCGAGGCCCUGCCCCGCGUGGUACGCCUCAACAAGUACUCGGCCAGCUUCGUGGACGUGCUGCACACCAACGCCAAGCCCGUCACGCAACUGGGCUUCGGCAUGAUGCACUCCAUCGGUCACGUCGACUUCUACAUGAACGGCGGAGUCGACCAGCCCGGCUGCAGCAGCCCCAACAUCACCAUGCCCAAGUCCAUCCUGGACGUCGUCACCAUCCCCCUGAACGCGCUGUCCGAGCUCAUCAGCUGCUCCCACAGCCGCUCCUACGAGUACUUCACCGAGGCCCUCAACAACACGUCUUGCCUCAUGUGGGGCCACAAGACCAGCACUGGUCGCCAGCGACUCCUCUGGAGGAAGUCGGUGCCGAGCCCCGUGACGAGCAGGAGCACCGAGUGCACCAAGGGCAGGUGCAUCCCCAUCGGACUGGACACGCCGUCGUACCCCGCCAGGGGCGCCUUCUCCGUCAAGACCGGCUCGGCCGCACCCUUCUGCCUCGAAGAGAACUCUGGCGACGGACAGACGCUGAAGGAGCUCAAGCGCCUUGGUUUACUCAGCUGAUUCGCCAAGACGACGACGACUGCCGACGACGACCCGUGAAAAAAUACAAUGUGGCUGACACACACACACGUACACACACAUACACACAGACGUAACAGUGUGCUUGCUUGAGGCCACACGACGCAAUAAAAGCCGCAUCAAUUCA